AUGGACUUCAUCGGCACAUGGAAGGUUUACUCCGAAGAAAACCUGGAGGAAUUCCUAAAAGCAUUGGGCACUCCGCAAAUGGUCAUCAAGAUGCGCAAGGACAUUAAGCCAGUCACUGUGUUUGAACGGAAGGACGACACUUGGAUCUACACCAUCAAAACCCCCAAAUUCAGCAAAACACAUUCAUUCUGCAUGGGAAAGGAAUCGGAAGUGACCACUGUGGACGGCAGGAAGAUUAAAUGUGUCAUCAGGGAGGAGAACGGGAAGCUGAUUACCAAAACUGACAAGUUCACGGCGGUCCGAGAAAUGCAAGGGGAGGACAUGGUUGAGACAAUCACCACCGGCUCUGUGACGUUCAUCAGCAGAAGCAAGCGUGUAUGAUGCCUGUCAGUCAACAUCAACCACUACUAUUAACCCACAGUGGUCCUUACAGUGGACAUCUAUUCAAAAGUUAGGAUUAGAUUAGUUGACGCACUGCCAGCCCAGGUCACUGAGUAUGUAUUGUGAUAGCUAGCAAAAGAAGGAAAUUGAUAUUGAAAACACCUAUUGACAGCUAUAGAUGCCCAAUCCAAUGGCAUGGACGUCUAUUGUCGUCAGUGGCAGGCAAAGAGUUACACUAUGUUAAGUCACAAAAUACCUACAAAACAAAUAGAUGAAUAAAUAACAUUCCCAAAGCAAAAUACACAUUAGCCAAACUUAUUUGAAUAGAUGUCUUUUUUUUCUCUUUAUUACAAU